AUGCGUGGUACGUGGAUACUUUUCAGGACUCUGAAACUCUCCUUGUUUUUUGUGUUUUGCAUUGCCAAAACAAUAAAUAUAAAAACAUGCACGAAAAUUGAAAAAUAUUCAAUGGAAACAGAGGUGCAAAAUGGCCAGUACAUGUGCAAUGACCCAUUUAGAAUAGAAGGACGGCCUGUCUUUGGGGGACAAAUAUUCUCGCAUGUUAUAGGGUGCGCACUUAAAGAGAUAGAAGGAUACGAUGUUGUCACAGCACAGUGCAUCUUCCAAGACAAAACAGAUCCAGACCUUCCAAUUAUAUACAGAAGCACAGACGAGUCAUUAGGAAAGACCGUUAAAAUGGUGAAAGUUGAGGUUUUGCAGGAAAAGGAUGGUGUAGAAGCAGUGCGCGCAGUAGGCACAGUUCUCAUGCAGAAGAAUAAAUCUGUUAUAAUGCAGGAGAAGAAGAAAUACAUUGAGACAAUUGUAAAGACCCAGAUAAAUCCACUUUCAGAGUACUUUUCCCCAGGGACAACAGACCCACAGAAGAUCAAAAAGAUGCAGACUGUUGAAAAGUAUAUGGAAAGCAUCCUGAAGAGCAAGGAUGACUUUGAAGCAUACAUGCAGACAGCACAUAAAAUAUAUUCAGGUGCAGAUGUGUUUAUGCUAAGAAACAAGAAAUGUCCAUUUUCCAGGUGUGUUGGGUACAAAUUGCGCCUUCCAAAGGGAGAGGCAGUGAGUCUUCCAAAAAAGGACGAACUAAACAGAGUGUACACAUACCUUUCAUUUAUAUCAGACGAGUAUCUCCUGGAGAGUUCACUAAUAGGCAAGGGCAUGUGCAUUGUUAAUACUCAGUACAAUAUCCUGACACUGUCGCAUUCAAUUAGCUUUAAUAACUGUGAAGACUUUAAGAUAAACAGACCCUUCUUCUAUACAAUGUGGGUGGACAGCAUACAGAAUAAUAUGGCAAAUUGUUCUGGGAUGAUUGUGCAGGGACAAAAGGUAUAUGCAAAUAUAAAGCAGACAGGAAAGAUAAUAGCCUUAUCCAGGGGAUAG